AUGGGAGACGGAGGACAAAGGCGCAGAUGGGAGUACUGGUGUGUUGCUCUGCGUUUCUCUUUGCUGCUUUGCUUCGUGGAGCAGGUUUCGGCUCAGAUAAGGUACUCUAUUCCAGAGGAGGUGACAAAGGGAUCCGUUGUUGGAAAUGUUGCUAAGGAUUUGGGUCUUGACGUCAGUACUUUGUUGGAGAGGCGGUUUCGUAUCGUUUCUGGAUCUAAGGACGCUCUUUUCCAGGUUAAUCAGAACAAUGGCGUCUUGUAUGUUCAUAAGAAUAUCGACAGAGAGGAGCUCUGUGAAGGCACUGGCGCGUGUUUGAUGAACCUGAAGAUUGUAGUUGAGAAUCCUCUGGAAAUACAUUAUGUUCAGUUAGAAAUCAAAGAUGUCAAUGACCAUUCACCUAUGUUCACAGAAAAGGAGCAGCAUUUUGAAAUAGCAGAACACGUCCCUCCGGGAACUCGCUUACAAAUUCCGACUGCUCGUGAUCCGGACAUAGGGGUAAACUCCGUACGUUUUUACAAAUUAAGUCAGAAUAUUUUUUUCGACAUUGAGAUCAAAGAUAGCGAUGAGGACAAAAUACCAUUUUUAAUAUUACAGAAAUCUCUAGAUAGGGAGAACAGAAUCAACCACUCAUUGGUUUUAACUGCUAUCGAUGGAGGGAAUCCGCCAAAAUCAGGAUCUCUAAAUAUAACCGUUACUGUUCUUGACGUAAAUGAUAACAAGCCUGUUUUUAGUCAAGACACAUACUCUGUAACUUUACAAGAAAACGCCCCUAUUGGUACCAUCGUUGUAAAAGUAAAUGCUACUGAUCUAGAUGAAGGGUUAAACCGUGUUGUUGAAUACUAUCUUGGCAGAAACCUCAAGAGCAAAGUUUAUGACGUGUUUGAAUUGGAUAGCGUUACAGGUGAAAUUACAGUUAAGGCCCAGGUAGACUAUGAUGACACCGAGGUGUACAAACUAAGUGUGCAAGCAUCAGACAGAGGUCAGCCUCCAUGGACUGUCGAAUGCGGGGUUAUCAUAAAAAUACUUGACGUAAAUGAUAACAAACCCGAGAUAGAGGUAACGUCCCUUUCCAAUAAGGUCUCUGAAGAUUCCAAACCAGGAACUGUUAUUUCUCUCAUAAGUGUCAGUGAUAAAGACUCCGGUAUCAAUGGAAAAGUGUUGUGUAGUCUGUUAGGAGAUGUACCCUUUGAGUUAAAACCUUCCUUUCAGGAUAGUAUGUACUCUUUAGUGACCAAACAACGACUAGACAGAGAGUUUGUGUCCCAUUAUGACAUCACUAUAACAGCCACUGACUGUGGUCAGCCUCCUCUGUCCACGUUCAAAAUUCUGAACGUCCAGAUAUCAGAUGUGAACGAUAACAGUCCAGAAUUCUCUCAAAACCCUCUUGAGUUGUACUUAGUGGAAAAUAACGCCCCCGGUGCCUCCAUAUUCUCUGUAAUCGCUUCUGAUAAAGACUUAAAUGAAAAUGCAGCCAUUUCAUAUCACAUUGUUAGAGGAGAAGGGACUCAAAAUGGUAUGACAUCUUUCUUGAAUAUCAAUUCUGAUAAUGGACUUAUAUCCGCACUGAAAAGCUUUGACUUUGAAACCUUCAACAAAACAUUCCAAUUCCAAGUUGUAGCUACAGACUCUGGAACUCCGUCACUAAGCAGCAACGUCACAAUAAACUUGUUCAUUCUGGAUCAGAACGACAACGCUCCAGUGAUCUUGUAUCCAGUCAGCGCUAACGGUUCCGCUGAAGGUGUGGAGGAGAUUCCCCGCAAUGUGAACGCAGGCCAUUUGGUGACUAAAGUGAGAGCCUAUGACGCUGAUAUAGGAUAUAACGGCUGGUUAUUAUUUUCACUGCAGGAAGUUACUGACCACAGUCUCUUUGCUUUGGACCGUUAUACAGGACAGAUAAGGACACUUCGGUCGUUCACAGAGACAGACGAGGCUGAGCAUAAACUGGUCAUACUGGUAAAAGACAAUGGUAACGUUUCACUCUCAGCAACAGCUACUGUGAUUAUCAACGUUGUGGAGCCCAAAGAGGCUUUUGCAGCUUCUGAUGUUAAAAGCGCAGUAAAAGACGAGGAGGAGAACAGCGUUACAUUUUAUUUGAUCAUAACUUUGAUGUCAGUUUCAGCACUUUUUAUCAUCAGUAUCAUCGUGUUGAUUGUAAUGCAGUGCUCCAAAGCCCCAGACGAUUCCUCCAAGUAUUUACAAGAUGUGAAUUACGACGGGACACUGUGCCACAGCAUCCAGUACCGAUCCGGAGACAACCGGUACAUGUUAGUUGGACCCAGAAUGAGUAUAGGUUCUACUAUUGUCCCGGGCAGCAAUGGGAAUACUCUAGUGGUACCCGACCACAGGAGGAGAGCUUUGGCAGAGUGUUAG